AUCCAUAACUCUCGCACAUGCGGACGCAUGAAACUCACGACUCACGACUUUCGGGCAUGAUCCCGGCGGGUGCGGAUUGUGAAUCGCAUUUUGGAUUAUCGCAAUCAGCUGCGGUGUUGUUUACUGUGUGAAUUUACAAUAUUUAGAAUGUGUAUUAUGUGGAUAAGUGCAAAAAGUGAUUUAUGCAUAAUGUAGAUAUAUACAGAGUGAUAAAAAUAGGAUAAACUGAAAAAUUUUGGAUAAUAUGGUCCGAUGGCAGCGUGGAUAGGCAAACUGCUACGCAAAUCCAGAUAUGCCUCGGCCGUCGCGAGAGUCGUACGGAGACCAGAAGCCGCCGUACUCGUACAUCUCCCUGACGGCCAUGGCAAUAUGGAGCUCCCCGGAGAAGAUGCUCCCCCUGUCGGAGAUCUACCGCUUCAUCACCGACCGCUUCCCAUACUACCGCCGCAACACACAACGCUGGCAAAACUCCCUACGACAUAACCUCUCCUUCAACGACUGCUUCAUCAAAAUCCCUCGCCGCCCCGACCGCCCUGGCAAAGGCGCCUUCUGGGCACUACACCCAUCCGCUCUGGACAUGUUUGAAAACGGGAGUUUUCUACGCCGUCGCAAACGCUUUAAACUCCCGAAAAACUUCCAAGAAGAAAUGGACAGCCUCAGCAAGUUACAAAACAUGAGUUCCUUCGGCAGCCCCAUCGCCGCCCCAUCAUCAUCAGGCAUCCCACGUGUCCCCAUCGUACCACCCAUAUCACUUCCACCUCCUGUAACCCAAUCAACCACGAUAUCAACACCGAUGAAGUCAUUCAGCAUCGACAGCAUCAUACAAUCCGAUACGAAACCUACGAUAAACAAUAAUCCAUCCCCGGGUAAUGGAGGCGGAGGUGGUUUUCCACCUGCUAUGGGUUGUAACUUCCCAUGGGCUAUGCUACCCACAUCAGGAGUAGCUAGAAUGGAGGAUAUAAAACGUGAUGAGUUCCUUGCCGCGCAGCAGGCUGCAUUAUUUGAAUACGCCGCGGCGUUGAUGCAGAUGAAUAGUGUUGGCGGCGUGCCGAAUCUGGCGGCGGCGGCAGCGGCCGCUGGUGGAUUAGGAGUGGGCGUGAUCAAACCGCACCCGGUGGUGCCGAGCGUGCUCUUCCCGGGCGCGUACCAUCCCGUGCCAAUUCCCGUGCAAUAUUCGCUGCCGCUCGCUGACUUUGAGACUGAUCGCGGGGGUGGUGGCGGUGGAGGCGGUGGGAGUAGUGAGGGGAAGCGUACGCUGCCGCCGAUUAGUGUAUUGGCGCCGCAGCAGAGAGUGCGCGAUGAACCUUUGGAUACGUCGUCUUGUUCCUCCGGGGAUGCGCUCAAUGUGUGAAUGACUGUGAAUGACUAUGACUAUUGCAGUGAAACAACCAGUGGUAGUGCGUUCAUUAUUCUGCUGUACAUGUAUUAUCAACCUGUGUUAAAUGUACUUUAAGUACCUUAAUUAUAUAGUAAUAAAGAUUGUUUUAAACUUGA